ACAAGAACGAGAGAAGCCCGCUUACGUGGUUUCUACACUGUUUUUUGACGAACCCACCAAGCUCGCUCGAGUAGAUCGAUUCGUUUGUUUUGAUUCCAAAUCGGAGAAAAUGGGCAAAGUAGCUGUUGGAGCGACUGUUGUUUGCACGGCGGCUGUUUGUGCGGUGGCUGUUUUGGUUGUUCGACGACGGAUGCAGAGCUCAGGGAAGUGGGGACGUGUUUUGGCCAUCCUUAAGGCUUUUGAAGAGGAUUGUGCGACUCCGAUCUCCAAACUGAGACAAGUGGCUGAUGCUAUGACCGUUGAGAUGCAUGCUGGUCUUGCCUCCGACGGUGGUAGCAAACUCAAAAUGCUUAUCAGCUACGUUGAUAAUCUUCCUUCUGGGGAUGAAAAGGGUCUCUUUUAUGCAUUGGACCUAGGUGGAACAAACUUCCGUGUCAUGCGUGUGCUUCUUGGCGGGAAGCAAGAGCGUGUUGUUAAACAAGAAUUCGAAGAAGUUUCGAUUCCUCCCCAUUUGAUGACUGGUGGUUCAGAUGAGUUGUUCAAUUUUAUCGCUGAAGCUCUUGCAAAGUUUGUCGCCACAGAAUGCGACGACUUUCAUCUCCCGGAAGGUAGACAGAGGGAAUUAGGUUUCACUUUCUCGUUUCCGGUUAAGCAGACUUCUUUAGACUCUGGUAGUCUCAUCAAAUGGACAAAAGGCUUUUCCAUUGAAGAAGCAGUUGGACAAGAUGUUGUUGGAGCACUUAAUAAGGCUAUGGAAAGAGUUGGGCUUGACAUGCGAAUCGCAGCACUUGUUAAUGAUACCGUUGGAACUCUAGCCGGUGGUAGAUACUAUAACCAGGAUGUUGUUGCUGCUGUUAUUUUAGGCACUGGGACAAACGCAGCCUAUGUUGAGCGUGCAACGGCGAUCCCCAAAUGGCAUGGUCCGCUUCCAAACUCAGGAGAAAUGGUUAUAAACAUGGAAUGGGGAAACUUCAGGUCAUCACAUCUCCCAUUAACAGAGUUUGAUCACUCGCUGGAUUUCGAGAGUCUGAAUCCAGGCGAGCAGAUUCUUGAGAAAAUCAUUUCCGGUAUGUACUUGGGAGAGAUUUUGCGAAGAGUUCUUCUAAAGAUGGCUGAAGAUGCUGCUUUCUUUGGCGAUACCGUCCCAUCUAAGCUGAGAAUACCAUUCAUCAUUAGGACCCCUCACAUGUCGGCUAUGCACAACGACACUUCUCCAGACUUGAAGAUUGUUGGGAGCAAGAUUAAGGAUAUAUUGGAGGUCCCUACAACUUCUCUGAAAAUGAGAAAAGUUGUGAUCAGUCUCUGCAACAUCAUAGCAACCCGAGGCGCUCGUCUCUCUGCUGCUGGAAUCUAUGGUAUCCUGAAGAAACUGGGAAGAGAUACGACCAAAGACGAGGAGAUGCAGAAAUCGGUUAUAGCCAUGGAUGGUGGAUUGUUUGAGCAUUACACUCAGUUUAGUGAGUGUAUGGAGAGCUCACUAAAAGAGUUGCUUGGAGACGAAGCUUCAGGAAGCAUUGAAGUCACUCACUCCAAUGAUGGAUCAGGCAUUGGAGCUGCGCUUCUUGCAGCUUCUCACUCUCUGUACCUUGAAGACUCUUAAAACCUUCCCAACAAGCGCCAUUUUUCGGUAAUUUAAUGAAGCUUUUCGCCAUCAGAAAACGCCUAAGCGAAGGUCUCAGGCGUCAUAAAAGAAAAGCAUUCUAUGUUUUUCCUCUUCCCCAAGACUUUCUUGUAGCAAAUAAGUUUCCUUGGGAGAAAUAUUUGUUUUCAUGCUCUUCAAAAAUAAAAGACUCAGUUCUUC